AUGAACAAGUUUAUUCUCUUCUCUCUUAUCUGUCUCACUUCAAUUGCUGCUCUUCCAACAACAUCAAAUUAUCUUCCCGACGAAUUUUAUGGAACUUUCGAUUUGGAUCAUUCGGAAAAUUUUGACGAAUAUCUAACAGCUCAAGGCUACAGUUGGUUUACUCGAAAGAUUGUGACAUUUGCCACAUUCAAAAAGGUUUUCCACAAAACUUCGGAUCGUUCGAGAUUUGACUAUUCGAAUUUGACAUCGAAAAAGGAUGUGAAUUAUAAGAAUAUCAAAUUGGGAGCGGGAUUUGAGGGCGAAGGUUUGGAUAGUACAAAACAUCAAAUCACUUUUACAUUGAAAAAUGGACAUUUGUUUGAACAUCACAAACCAUUGGAAAAUGGAGAUGCGAAAGAGGAAACUUAUGAAUAUUAUUUCGAGGGAGAAUUUCUCGUCGUGGUUAGUUUUACAUUAUUUUUUCCGGGGGUUUUCUGCCUCCACCUUUGAGUCAUUAAUUUCCAAAUCAAUCCACAAUUUUUUCAGCGCAUGUCUUUCAACGGCGUCGAAGCUCGUCGAUUCUACAAACGUCUCCACGUCUAA